GCUCACUGCAAGCUCCGCCCCCCGGGUUCAGGCCAUUCUCCUGCCUCAGCCUCCGGAGUAGCUGGGACUACAGGCGCCUGCCACUGUGCCCGGCUAAUUUUUUGUAUUUUUAGUAGAGACGGGGUUUCACUGUGGUCUCGAUCUCCUGACCUCGCGAUCCACCCACCUCGGCCUCCCAAAGUGCUGGGAUUACAGGCGUGAGCCACCGUGCCCGGCGAGGACCAGACUUCUUAAGGCAGUUAGUAAACACAAUAGGGAAUCAUGGAGUGGGAUAAAAAGUGACGUUCCUUCAGUUCUGUUUUUGUGGCAUCUUUCUGAAAUAGUGCCUCAUGAUACUUCCCUGUGAAAAGCAUCUCACUAGGUCUUCUCUAGGCCAAACUUCUACCCUAGACUUUAAGUUUCUCUGGGAUUUAUCCCUCAACUAUCAUUUCCAUGACUGCUGUUACCAAACUGUUAUAUUAAUUGAUGAGUCCUUCCUUCUUGUUCUUUUUGACUUUCUUUUAUUCUUUUUUUUUGAGAUGGAGUCUCACUCUGUCACCCAGGCUGGAGUGCAAUGGCAUGGUCUCGGCUCACUGCAACCUCUGCCUGCCGGGUUCAAGGGAUUCUCCUGCCUCAGCCACCCGAGUAUCGUAGCUGGGACUACAGGCACGUGCCACCACACCUGGCUAAUUUUUGUAUUUUUAGUAGAGAAGAGGUUUCACUAUGUUGGCCAGGCUGGUCUUGAACUCCUGACCUCGUGAUCCGCCCACCUUGUGCUCCCAAGGUGCUGAGAUUACAGGCGUGAGCCACCAUGCCCGGCCGACUUUCUUUUAUUCUUGAUAUGCUCCUCCUUGACUUGGAGUUUUCUUUCCCUUAUUUUCUUCCUAGCCAGCUCCUAUCUUUCUUUGAGGCUCCUAUACUCUCUAGAAAGCCCUCCUGGCCUGGACGUGGUGGCUCACACCUGUAAUCCGAGCACUUCGGGAGGCUGAGGUGGGUGGAUCACCUGAGGGGAGGAGCUCGAGACCAGCCUGGCCAAUAUGGUGAAACCCCGUCUCUACUAAAAAUACAAAGAUUAGCCAGAUGUGGUGGCACGCGCCUGUAAUCCCAGCUACUUGGGAGGCUGAGGCAUGAGAACUGCUUGAACCCAGUAGAUGGAGGUUGCAGUGAGCUGAGAUCACGCCAUUGUACUCCAGCCUGGGCGACAAGAGUGAAACUCCAUCUCAAAAAAAAAAAAAAAAAUCCCUCCCACUCUUGUGUGAAUCCAUGAUGAUUUCUACUUCUGUCUUCUGUAACUUCAGUUUGGUUCAACAUUUAUUUACUGAAUAAUAAAUGAAUGUAGCACCCUGCUAGACUCAAGGACUUCACAGUCUGUUGGGCAAGUCAGACAUGUAAACGGUGUGUUAUGGGCUGUUAUAGACAUGAAUAUAUAAGGUGUAGAAGAAGAAUGGAAACAGUUUUUAACUUCAUUCUAUCAUCUGUGUGUGUUUAUGUGUAGGAUGAUAUCUUACUUAGCCCAUAUCUCUGCAAAAUCAGUAUUCUACUUAGGCAAAUUUUACAGGUUACUGAAGCUUAAUUCUUUACUAUGUGUUAUGUGUAUAUACUGUAGAUAAAUACAUGUAUGCAUACUGAUCUUCACCUUUCAUCCUGGAAGAAUUAAAUUUCACAGCCAGUUACAUCAGGUUGAGAUCACUCUAGCAGCCCUCUCUACAAAUGCUGUAUCAAAUCUCUAAAUCUUUGUUCUUAGCUUUUAGUCUUGAAAAUGUAUUUUAGUCAGGCCGGGCGUGGUGGCUUACGCCUGUAAUCCCAGCACUGUGGGAGGUUGAGGCGAGCGGAUCACGAGGUCAGGAGAUCGAGACCAUUCUGGCUAAUACGGUGAAACCCCAUCUCUACUAAAAAUACAAAAAAUUAGCCGACGUGGUGGCGGGUGCCUGUAGUCCCAGCUACUUGGAGGCUGAGGCAGGAGAAUGGUGUGAACCUGGGAGGUGGAGAUUCCAGUGAGCCGAGAUCACGCCACUGCACUCCAGCCUGGGCGACGGAGCGAGACUCCAUCUCAAAAAAAAAAAAAAAAAAGAAAGAAAAUGUAUUUAGUCUUGAAAGUGUAUUCCCUUUCAAAUUAGAGUUGCCUAGUGCUAUAGUUUGUAUGUUUGACCCCUCCAAAUCUCAUGUUGAAAUUUAAUCCUCAGUGUUGGAGGUAGGGCCUAAUGGGGGGUAUUUGGGUCAUGGGGGCAGACCCCUCAUGAAUAGAUUAAUGUCCUCCCUGGAAAGUGAGAGUGACAGAGUUCUCACUCUGUUCUUUCCUGAGAAAGCUGAUUGUUAAAAAGAUCCUGGCAUCUCCCUCCUCUCUCUUACUUCCUCUCUCACCAUGUGAUCUCUGCAUACACUGGCUCCCCUUCUCCUUCUGCCAUGAGUGGAAGCAGCCUGAGGCUCUCAUCAGAAGCAGAUGCUGGUGCCAUGCUUCUUGUACAGUCUGCAGAACCGGAAACCAUCUUUGUAUGGCAGCCUAACUUGUCAAGGAAUUGGCCUAGAUGGCAUCCCAGAGGUUACAGCUUCAGAAGGAUUUAUUGUGAAUGAAAUAAACAAGAAAAGCAUUCAUAUUUCAUGUCCAAAGGAAAAUGCAUCUUCUAAGUUUUUGGCACCAUAUACUACUUUUUCCAGAAUUCAUACAAACAGUAUAACAUGCCUGGACAUUUCCAGCGGAGGAGGUCUUGGUGUGUCUUCUAGUACUGACGGGACCAUGAAAAUCUGGCAGGCUUCCAAUGGAGAACUCAGGAGAGUAUUGGAAGGACAUGUGUUUGAUGUGAAUUGUUGCAGGUUUUUCCCAUCAGGCCUUGUGGUCCUGAGUGGGGGAAUGGAUGCCCAGCUGAAGAUAUGGUCAGCUGAAGAUGCUAGCUGCGUGGUGACUUUCAAAGGUCACAAAGGAGGUAUCCUGGAUACAGCCAUCGUUGAUCGGGGGAGGAAUGUGGUGUCUGGUUCUCGAGAUGGGACAGCACGACUUUGGGAUUGUGGGCGCUCAGCCUGCUUGGGAGUCCUUGCAGAUUGUGGUUCUUCCAUCAAUGGAGUGGCGGUGGGUGCUGCUGACAACUCCAUAAACCUUGGCUCCCCUGAGCAGAUGCCCAGUGAACGGGAGGUUGGAACAGAGGCCAAAAUGCUGCUGUUGGCCCGGGAAGAUAAGAAACUUCAGUGCUUGGGACUACAGAGCAGGCAGCCGGUGUUCCUCUUUAUUGGCUCAGAUGCUUUCAACUGCUGUACUUUUCUCUCUGGCUUCUUGCUAUUGGCUGGGACUCAAGAUGGAAACAUUUAUCAGCUGGAUGUGAGGAGUCCAAGGGCUCCGGUACAAGUCAUCCACAGAUCAGGAGCACCAGUUCUAUCCCUGCUAAGUUUCAGAGAUGGAUUCAUUGCUAGCCAAGGUGAUGGAAGCUGUUUUAUUGUCCAGCAAGACUUAGACUAUGUCACUGAGCUCACUGGGGCUGACUGUGACCCUGUGUACAAGGUAGCCACAUGGGAGAAGCAGAUCUACACAUGCUGUCGAGAUGGUCUUGUACGACGCUACCAGCUUUCUGACCUCUGACUUCUUGGAAAGAGCAGUCCUGGUUAGUGAAAAGGUUUGACCCUGAUCAACAAUGAGCAGAAACAUCAUCAGUCCUUCCCAAGGACCAUGGCGUUUAAUGUCUUGGGCACCCCUUGGAAAUCACAGAAAGUCAGCUGUACUGGCUGUAUGGAACUCUCAUCCCAAGAUCUACUUUGAACUGAGUAAGAAGGUCAUUGUGCCAACUGCAUUUGUCCCAACUUCUCCUUGUAUAAACUCACCCCAGCAACACAGGGCAAGGAUAUAGAUGCUUUUAGUUUGUUCUUAAACCAGUUGUGGUAAAUGUUUACAAGGACUUCAGUACUAAAGCCUGUUCCCUGGAGGAAAUAAAGAAAAUAUGUUUGGAGGUGCCUGAAUAUGAAAAA